AUUCCGAUGUUUAUUUCAUUAUAAUUUAAAUAAAUGGUACCAUAAUAUUCCGUUUACAAUGAGGCGCAGCUUAGCGCCGAGUCAAAUUGGCUCCGGCGACAACGUAUUUAAGAGCCCAUUACUAAAUUCGAAACGAAAGAAGCGGGAAUGUUCCCGGAUACCGCUCGCUCAAAAAUCUCCCUCGCAAUCUUUGUCUUCUUCGGAACAUGAGAAUCUAAUCCGGCAGAUAUUAAGCAAGCCUUUCAAGGUACCUAUACCUAAUUACGUUUCAGCGUAUUGCAGUAAAAGUUUGGGACUAAAACGCAGUCAAGUUAGACGGGCACUGCACGAUCCGGAUGAGCCUAAUGCAUUGGUUUUGUACCGGCCUCCGUACAUCCCUGAACAUGAGAAGAUGAAAAUGAAUGCUAACGAUAUUAAAGUAGCAGUUGUGGUUGAUCCAAUAUUAGGAAAUAUCUUAAGACCGCACCAGAGAGAGGGAGUUACGUUUAUGUACGACUGUGUUACGGGCAAACAGAUUGAGAAUGCUUAUGGCUGCAUAAUGGCUGACGAAAUGGGUUUAGGAAAGACUUUACAAUGCAUUACCUUACUUUGGACUCUUUUAAGACAAGGGCCAGACUGCAAACCGACUAUAUGUAAAGCUAUCAUUGUAUGCCCAAGCAGCUUAGUAAAGAACUGGUAUAAUGAAAUUCACAAAUGGCUUGGACAGAGAAUAAAUGCUCUACCAAUGGAUGGCGGAUCUAAAGCAGACAUAACACUGAAGCUGCAGCAAUUUAUGAAUACUUAUUCAGCUACUAGAGUUGCUACACCAGUAUUAAUUAUCUCUUAUGAAACAUUUAGGAUCUAUUCAAAAAUAUUACACUCUUCUGAUGUUGGUCUGGUACUGUGUGAUGAAGGGCAUAGACUAAAGAAUAGUGAGAAUCAAACAUACCAAGCAUUGAUGGGUUUGAAAGCUAAAAGGAGGAUAUUAAUCUCAGGGACUCCAAUUCAAAAUGAUUUAACAGAGUACUUCAGUUUGGUACAUUUUGUGAACGAGGGUAUACUGGGCACAGCUCAAGAGUUUAAGAAGAGAUAUGAGAAUCCUAUUCUGAGAGGCCAGGAUGCAUUAGCAACUGUCCAGGAAAGGGAAAGAGCACAAGAGUGUCUGCAAACCUUAACCUCUAUUGUAAACAAGUGUAUGAUCCGACGAACAAGCACUCUACUCACAAAAUAUCUGCCAGUGAAGUUUGAACAAGUCAUUUGUGUCAAAAUGACGCCACUUCAAACUCAAAUAUAUAAGAAUUUCAUUAACUCUGAUGCUAUUAGGAACAAAUUUGCAGGCACUGGAGAGAAGAGCAAUACACUAAGUGCUUUAUCAAGUAUAACUACACUUAAGAAAUUAUGUAAUCACCCCGACUUAGUUUAUGAUAAAAUCAUGGAAAGAUCUGAAGGUUUUGAGAAAGCUAGAGAUUUAUUACCAAGUAAUUAUGAUAUAAAAGAUGUUAAACCAGAAUAUUCUGGUAAGCUAAUGAUCCUGGAUUGUAUAUUGGCUAAUCUAAAAACAAAUACAGAUGACAAAAUAGUUUUAGUCUCAAAUUAUACACAAACUUUAGAUUUGUUUGAGAAAUUAUGCAGGAAACGCUGUUACCAGUAUGUAAGACUUGAUGGUUCAAUGACAAUAAAGAAGAGAGCUAAAGUUGUCGAAAGUUUUAAUAAUAAAGAAUCAAAGGAGUGGAUUUUUAUGUUGAGUUCUAAAGCUGGGGGAUGUGGUUUGAAUUUGAUUGGUGCAAAUAGAUUAAUCAUGUUUGACCCGGACUGGAAUCCGGCGAAUGAUGAUCAAGCCAUGGCUCGAGUUUGGCGCGAUGGGCAGAAGAAGCCUUGCUACAUCUACAGACUUCUAGCGACAGGUACAAUUGAAGAGAAGAUAUUCCAAAGGCAGGCGCAUAAGAAAGCACUGAGCGACACAGUAGUCGAUCAAAACGAGGAGUCCCUCCGUCAUUUCACAUCAGAAGACCUCAAAGAUUUGUUCCGUUUAGAGGAAAACACUUUAUCGGACACUCAUGGUAAGUUUAAGUGUAAACGAUGUGUGAAUAAUAUACAAAUAACACUGCCUCCAGAGAAUUCUGAUUGUACUUCUGAUCUAUCUAAUUGGUAUCACUGUGCUGAUAAGAAAAGUUUGGCUGAUCUUGUACUUAAGCAAUGUUGGGAUUUAGCAAAGACUAUUUCGUUUGUUUUCCAUCAUCGCUCUGCUAAAACUGAAGCAAAAGAGGUGAAUAUUGAAGAAGAGAAGGAGAACAUUCAAGAAAAAAAGAGAAGGAAAAUAGAAAUUGAUGAAGAUUACUCUGAACCAGAUGAUAGUGCUGAUGAAGAUUAUGUUUAAAAAUCAUGAUGAUCUGUAUGUAAAUGUUUAUUUUUUCUGUUUUAAGGAUAACAUAUUUGGUUUGUAUUAAUUGUAAAUAUUUAUUAUAACAUAAGUAACAUUAUGGAAAAUAUAAUUGUGAGACAGUUAUAUACAUACA